CUGGCUUCCCUGUCCGCCGCCGCCGCUGACCUGGAUUCGUUAGAGGAGCGUUACUGGAACGACGUGAACGACCUGGAGCUGCUGCUGCGAGCGCAUACUGAGGAGCGGGGCGCGCUGCUGGCCAAGAUCGACAGGGCGGGCCAGCGAUUGCAGCUGCUGAAAAACACAUCCGUACUGUACGACGCAUUCAAGAUCUGGCACGAUGGUCCCUUCGGCACCAUCAGCGGCUUCCGGCUGGGUCGCACGCCCGAGGUGCCUGUGGAGUGGGACGAGAUUAACGCGGCGUGGGGGCAGGCGGUGCUGCUCCUGCACACCAUGGCCCAGGUGAUGUUGAUGAUGAUUCAGCACCGGCUGCUGCCCAUGGGCUCCCACCCUCGUGUGGCGGAUAAGCGGGCCACGUACGACCUGUUCGGACCCGUGUCCAAGCUCUGGUCCGCCAACUACGACCGAGCCAUGGUGGCGUACCUGGCGUGUCUGCGGGAGUUCGGCGAGCACGCGAAGAAGAAGGACCUGCAAGGCGGCAAGCCCACGCAGUUCAACUUUCCGUUCCCUAUCGACGGUGAUAAGGUCAAUAACCACACCAUCAAGCUCACCCUCAACAAGGAUGUGCGCUGGACCAAGGCGCUCAAGUUCAUGCUCGCAAAUCUCAAGGUAAGGCACCAUGUAGUGCCCCGUACUGUACGGCAGCGCCGAUGGCGGAGGAGCCGAGGUGCAGCUUGCAAUUUGGGGCAUCCCCAGCAGCUGGGGCGGCAGAGCAGUUUUACCGGUUGA